AUGGCCAUCAAUUACUCCCUUCUCGCCAUCCCGGCGCACUGGCUCAUUUCUAUCGCCCCUCACGCCUACGCACUGCAGCUCAUCAAGAACGCGACAAAUGGCCGCUGGAACAAUGCCAACCCACGCGGUUCUACAUGGGGCGCCGAGAUGCAGCGCACCGUGUCGGCAGAGGUGCUGGCCCGGUUCGAGCGCGCCGAGGCCGCCCACCACAACGGCCUCGAGAACUUGCCCUUUUUCGCCGCUGCCGUCCUGACCGCUCAAGUCGCCGGCGUCGACCGCGAGGUCAUUGAUACUCACGCCGCUCUCUUCCUGGCCGCUAGGGUCGUGUACACGUUCAUGUACAUCAAUAUCGCCAAGGGCAAGGCAAGCUUUGCAAGGUCGGGCAUCUGGGCGCUGUCUUGUUUCCUGUGCCUGUCGCUGUUUGUCAAGGCUGCUCUUCUAGGCUGA